AUGACGACGGAGAAAACAGGGAUUUAUCAUUGGAAAUUGGGCGACAUUUCACUCGCGAGAGUUUGCAAAAAAGUUUACUCUAAUGUGCAAGUAGUGAAGGACGAACGUGGAUUGUUUUACGACGAUAAAGUUCUAGGCAUAUCAACCAAUGAAGAUGGAUCCUUAGAAGUGACAGAGGAGUUGUGCUACUAUGUAGAGACCUGUAACACUAAGAACAGGUUCUGGCUGCCAUACACCUGCAUGUUCCUGGCUGAGAGGUCCAGACCUUUCUAUGGACCUGUACAUAAAGCUCCUAAGAUCUCCCCUCCGAAAACUGCUACAGUUCCUAGAAAGAGAAAAUUAAAAGAAGAUCUCACAGUACCGUUGAAUGUAAAACUGAACAAAAGGGAACCGGACCUCAACGUCACUUAUGAUGUAACACACACUCCGUUAAAACAGGGACGGUAUGAGAAUGCCUUUAAAGAGUUCAUACGAAGAGGAAAGGAACUUCUCUUUGAUGAGUAUUAUGAAUAUUUACAAAGUGAUAUAGAAGCAAAUAAAGAUUGUCUAGAUUAUUUGAUGAAUGUUGAUGCAAGUACGGAGGAUAAGUUUGAAAUGGUGAUUAAAGCUUCGGUCACGGAGAAGGAGAUUGAGAACUAUCUCCGUCAAUGUUGGAGAUAUAAUUUCCUUCAUAAGCAGAUGAAUAUGGACAGGAGUAAUGAUACUUCGGAUAGCUCGAACUCGACAUCACCAAUAAAGCCAGUGAUCACAUUACACACUCCGUGGUGCCUCGUCUGCGGGAAGGGCGAACGUCUGCGAGACUGCCCUAACUGCCCGUCCGCCUUCCACCUCGCGUGCAGGAGAGAGUGGCUUGUCACUAUUAUACAUCGCAAGAAUCCUCCAAAGAAGCCAUCUAAACCAGUGACUCUAGUUGAGAAGAUACUGUCCAGUACCCGCACUAUAUGCAGCGUGAAGAAAGAAAAGGAGAAUACUGAACUCUGUCCCAGCUGUAUGUGGGGACCACGCGUGGGUUACGACGACAUAGUCUGGCACAAGCUGGGCCCCUGUCCGUGGUGGCCGGCGCGGGUGCUCACUCCGGGGGCCACGCCAUCUUGUCUGCUCACCAGGAACCAUUCUCCUCAUCAUUGGCCGCUCAAGUACUAUGGUACAUUAAAUCACGCGUGGGGAGAGGCGUCCCGCAUGAGUUUGUUCCUUCCGGCGCACACGCAGACCACGCCCCGCGACGAAAUGCUUGCCAAAGCUAUGCUAGAUGCAUGUGAUGAUUAUAUCUCUGUGUACCUCACUUAG